GUAUGGCACGAGUUUUUCACCUAACAGUUAUUGUUUUAACGGAAAUCCUGCUACUCUUCUCCGGCUCAGCCAACGGUCGCUCCUAUCAAACGGAUGAUUUAAUCACCAUUAAAGAUGAAAUUAAACAAAGUGAGAAACGGACAGCGAGAAUGGUUGGUGGGGAGGAAACAGCACCGAACCAGUACCCCUUCAUGGUGGCACUGAUGAAACGCAACGAUGGAUUAUCUGACGAAUACUUUUUGUACUGCGGAGCAUCUUUGAUUACUUCGACACAAAUCCUGACAGCGGCUCAUUGCGUUAACGACCUCGCCUCAGACAAAAUUUUAGGCCCCGAUCGUUUCUUAGUGUUACUAGGCAUGCACUUCAUGAACGAGUCGAUGAACGACGCUCGGGUGACGAAGAGAGUUCGGGGCGUGACAGUUCACGAGGAAUUUGAUUCAAUCACUCACUACAACGACAUAGCCAUCCUGACGUUGGAGUCGCCCGUCGUUUUCACUUCGGCUAUUUCACCCGUCUGUUUACCUCCGGCGGGAUCCAGCGAACUGUAUCUGAACCAGAUGGCCACUGCCAAGGGAUGGGGACGGACGCUCGAAAAAGGGAAAAAUUCCGAUUUCCUUCGUCACGCCAACAUUCGCAUCAUUUCCAACUCUCUAUGCAGAAAAAGUUACAUGGAUGACGAUAAAAUUGCUGAUCAUAUGCUCUGUACUUGGUUAUCAGGCAGAGAUGCCUGUCAAAACGAUAGCGGUGGCCCCUUGGUCAUCGAGGCGAACGAUCAUCAUCAGAAAUGUCCUUGGAUUCAGGUUGGAAUCGUCAGCUUCGGUCGAGGAUGUGCUAGGAGAUACCCAGGGGUGUACACGAGAAUGACAUCGUUCCUACCCUGGAUCAAGAAUCACAUGAAAUAUGAGUGAGAAGUUAUUGCAAGAGAAGCUUCCGGCUGUCUGAUAACUCCCGGUGAACAAGGAAUUAAAAAAGCAAUAAAAUAAUAAACUUAUAAUGCUUGUACCAAUAAUCAAAGACAUCUUAUGGUGAAAAAAAUAGAA